CUAACUGUGUCAGGGGGAGUUCUUCCGAAAGCUCGCUCGCUCAUUCCCCGUAGCGAACAGUCGGGGUGCUGUAGCCACGGGUUCCAUAUUGAAGUCCGUAAUCUGCUUACGAGUCUCGCGCGCUCGUUCGGGUGGGUCAUCUCAGGCCACGUCGCGCAGCCGUCCAGCUCGGUCUGGCCGCUCGCAGGUAGAGCUUCACUCUCACCGCUCCCGAUGAGAAGGAUUACUGUCGUUGUUGUGUUGGCCAGAACUGGUUCCCAGCCCCUGAGGUGUGUGUGAGGGGAGGAGGCCUCGCUCCUUGUGUUGUGUUGGAGGCCAUUCCGAUUCUGGGGUUCUAAGGAGCCGUGGAACCACAGAGGAAUGAUGUCAAGGCCCUGAUCCCUACAGUUCAGUAUGUCAGAGCACGCAGACAAAGGCAGCCCGGGCUGGAAACAUGAGGCCUUGCAGAAUGGGUACAUACCAAGUUACCUGGACAAGGACGAGCUGUGUGUUGUAUGUGGGGACAAAGCCACCGGCUACCACUACCGCUGCAUCACCUGUGAAGGCUGCAAGGGAUUCUUCAGGCGAACCAUCCAGAAGAACCUGAACCCGACGUACGCCUGUAAGUACGAGGCCAAGUGCAUCAUCGACAAGGUCACCCGUAACCAGUGCCAGGAAUGCCGCUUCAAGAAGUGCAUCGCCGUUGGCAUGGCGACGGACUUGGUGCUGGACGACAGCAAGCGUCUGGCGAAGCGCAAGCUGAUCGAGGAGAACCGCGAGCGACGGAAGCGCGAGGAGAUCCAGAAGACGGUGUGGGACCGGCCGGAGCCGACGCCGGAGGAGUGGGAGCUGAUCCGUGUGGUCACGGACGCCCACAUGGCCACCAACGCCCAGGGCAACCACUGGAAGCAGAGGAGGAAGUUCCUGGUGGAGGAAGCUAUGCUACUUAAUGAAAUAACAUGUAAUUUAUUCUGUGCUCCUGACCAGAGUGCAGUGGGGGUGAAAGACUCGAAGCCCGAAGACAUUGGCCAAGCACCGGUCGUCAACACCGCGGAGGGGAGUAAAGUGGACAUAGAGGCCUUCAGUCAGUUUACAAAAAUAAUCACCCCCGCCAUCACACGCGUGGUGGACUUCGCCAAAAAACUGCCUAUGUUCUGUGAGCUGCCUUGUGAGGACCAGAUCAUCCUGCUGAAAGGCUGCUGUAUGGAGAUCAUGUCUCUGCGGGCGGCGGUGCGCUACGACCCUGAGAGCGAGACGCUGACGCUGAACGGCGAGAUGGCCGUGACGCGUGGUCAGCUCAAGAACGGGGGCCUGGGCGUGGUGUCCGACGCCAUCUUCGACCUCGGCGUGUCCCUGUCCUCCUUCAACCUGGACGACUCGGAAGUGGCCCUGCUGCAGGCCGUCAUCCUCCUGUCCUCCGAUCGUCCAGGCCUGACCAGUGUGGAGCGGAUCGAGCGUUGCCAGGAGGGCUUCCUGCAGGCCUUUGAGCACUACAUCAACUACCGCAAGCACAAGGUGGCGCACUUCUGGCCCAAGCUGCUGAUGAAGGUGACGGACCUGCGCAUGAUCGGCGCCUGCCACGCCAGCCGCUUCCUGCACAUGAAGGUGGAGUGCCCCACAGAGCUCUUCCCCCCUCUCUUCCUGGAGGUGUUCGAGGACUGACACACUCUUACACACACACACACACACACACACACCCCCCAACUUACUCACUUACUACCUGGAGGUGUUCAAAGACUGGAGAACACACACACACACACACCUCCGCUAGUGUGCCAGGAGGCAGAGGGUGUGUGUGAGUUGGAGUGGACGCUGAGAGGCCUCUCUGGACGCGUUUGAAUUUUGAACUCACGCCGCCACUACUGAGGAGUCGUGGUCAUUCCGUCAUUCCGUAGACAAACGAGCAGAGUAGCCUUUCCUUUCGUUUCCUUUCCUUUUCUGGACGGACUCUUCCUCACCAUGCGGGUACAUGUGAAUAGCGUUGUUUGUUUGUUGAUGUGUUUAUUCGUUUGAUGUUUGUUUUUUAAAUGUGUCUCUCACCUCUCAGUUAGAAUACAUCUCUAGUGUACAAACACACACCUGAGAGAGACAUAAGAUGACCCAACCACACGCACACCAGACAGCUGAUGAGUCAGUACACACACACGCUCACAGACACACACACACACCUUGCGUUGUUUUUUUAACACAUCUCUGUGUCCAGAUAGGGACAAACACACACACUCACCAGAAAGCUGAUGAGUCAGUACACACACACACACAUACCGGAUAGCUGAUGAGUCAGUACACACACACACACACUCACCAGACAGCUGUAUGGCAAAAUGACCUCUCCUCUCCUCACCUCACUGCAAUAUAUGGUAGCAGGUAGAACACACAGUCCUGAAACAGCUCAGCAGCAGCAGCAGCAGCAGCAGCAGCAGCGGCGCCCUCUAGUGGCCAGCCCCUUCCUCUGCACCUACGAACUGACCGCUUCACUACGGCAGUCACUCACCUCUUUCUCUCACUACACUCAGCGCAGGACACGCCUCAGAUCUGCCAGGGCAUUGGUCUGGACGUAGCAACACACACAUGACAAUGACGGACUUCUCAUGCAACCAAGCUGUGCAAGUCUUAAAACAGGAGAAAACACACACACACACACACACACACACAUUUUAAAUCUUUAAUAUCCCUUUGUUUGAUCAAUAAAGUUUUAUCCUUUUUUAUAUAAAUAUGUGAAACAGAUAGAUAGACACACACACACUCAAACAUACUCACUACACACAAACGGUAAGACAAUCAAAGGCACUGGUGCUGUGCUCUCCAGGAGAUCAGUGUGUCCAGGGAAUCUCUAUAUAUCUUUUUCUACAUAUGUCUCUUGUGUCCAUUACGUCUCUGACCUCCUCCCAUGUCCAGCUACAGUGAUGCCAGUUCUCACACACACUCACACAUACACACACAUACACACACACACACACACACAUAUUCACACACACACAUUCACUCACACACACACACACACAUUCACUCACACACACAAACGGAAACAGGUGUCUGGUGAAUUCCAUAAACAUGAACAGUCUGGUGAAUUUCAUAAACAUGAACAGUCUAAAUUCCAUGCAAGCGUGCAUGACCUCUGUCCAUUCAUCCUGGACACCUGAAAUCCAUGUGCGCUGAGGUGGCCCUGUUUGUCCCUCUCUGUGCACCGUAGGUUUCCAGACGUCUCCUGAUGUCUCAGUGCGGCUGGAAGGCCUCGAUAGGAACGCUUCAGAAUUCCAUGUGUCAUAUGAAUAUAAAUCUCUAUUUUUUCUUAUUGGAUGUGUAAACGCUGUCGUUGGAGAGACCAAGGAAAUGCUUCUGGUGGGACUUUGCUGGUGCUACAGUUUCAACUCCUCGUACCUCUGCCCUCUCACCUCAGAGUGACCCGGCUCGUACCUCUGCCCUCUCACCUCAGAGUGACCCGGCUCGUACCUCUGCCCUCUCACCUCAGAGUGACCCGGCUCGGCUGGUGACCUGGUCAGGGUUCCGGCAGGUCCAGAUCCAGGUCACUCAGCCAGAACUGGGGGUCAGUUUUUCGUUUGUUUAUUUGUUUGUUUGUUUUAUGGACAGUCCCUACCUCGGGAUUCUGGUGACCAACACACACACACACACACACAUACAUACUGUAUAUAUAUAUAUAUAUAUAUAUAUAUUACAUGGACCGUGGUGAUUUUGGAGAGAAUCACCCUACCGCUUGGAGACGCAUCGUGAAGCCCUUUCUGAAGGACAUCUGACAUUCUGACAUCUUGUGUGUGUGUGUGUGUCGUCCUUCCACUUAUUUCUGAUGGCAUGUUCUUGUUUGUUCUCCUUCCUUUCAUUUGUUUUCAGACUAAAAUAAUUCUCAUAAGCCUCUACAGAAGCAGGGUGUGUGUGUGUAUGUGUGUUUUCGUAAGCAAUAGACUUGCUCCGGUGUUUUGUCGUAUCUAGGACUUCAAACUCAAACUGCACAGACUCAAAAACAAAUGCACAGACAAUCAGGAGAGAAAGAGAUAGAGAACAGAGAGAGCGCCAGAGAGAUAGAUAGAGAAAAGAGAGAGCACCUCUGAUUGGGUACCAGGGUAACGGAGGUGUGGAGGAGAGAGAGGCCCAUCUCUACUAAAGAAUGUAAUUGUGACGGCAUGUGGUCUGGUCAUAAAACUAACUCAGCUCAAAGUGAAGAGACAAAACAAAAUGAAUACAAAAGAUAGUUUACAGUGUAGAGGAUAAAGGUUGUAUAUUUUCAGAUUGCAGAUAUUUUUACAGGUAUGAUAUGCAUACUAUGAGGCAUUUUACUGUUUUUGCAUAAUUAUAUAUUCUUCUCAAAGAGAGCAUACUGCUGCCCCCUGCUCAAACCUUUGACCGUCACGUACACAGCAGCCACAAGGUCAUCAACAACUGGACAGACGUCGCAAAAUGGAAUUAAAUAUCCAUUCAACAUCAAAUUCAAAGAUACAAUUCAGAAAAAUCUUCAGACAUUAGACUGCUGACCCUCAGGAGUCAAUGUCAGUUUAAACAGUUAGAUAACACACACACACAGCUGUUUCACUCAGAUAACACACACACAGCUGUUUUACUCAGAUAGCCCACACACCUGUUUCACAAGUUUAAGUUUUCAAGGCAAGAACUCUGACAAUCCAAUACUUCAAGGACUAAUAGAGACAACAGGGUCAGGAGGCUCAGAAGAGUUGUGCUUAUGAUUGAGGUUUUGUCUUUUUGUACCAAACUGUAAUGUAUUGCCCAUGAUGGCCAUGGGACGCGUCGUGCCCCCCCGACACAGGAGUGUGUGUGUGUGUGUGUCACACCCCCCCUCGACACAGGAGUGUGUGUGUCCUGGAAUGUUCUGGGCUGGAUGCGGGUGACGAGGAGCUGCACUGAAGGACGACAAAGCUGAUGGUGAUCUGGACAGACAGGUUGCACUCAGUGUGAUCAAGGUCACAAGGUCUCUGAAGACAGAUGGUGUUUGUUUGCACUUCAAUGUGAUCAGGUUCUCUGAAUAAAGAAGGUUUGAGAAAUCCUGCAACUCGA